GCCACGGAAAGCUUGGGUAUUUCUCAAUUCAGACUAUCUUCAUGGUUUUUAGCAGUAGUGAUUGGUCAAUUUCUUUCAAUUGGAGCAGAGGCUAUUACUAAAGAAUUUGCAGGACAAGUCAUUCAGAACAUUGGUGAUAGGGCUACUAUGUUGCUAGUUGGGAUGGGUUUACAUAUGGCUAAUUCUUGUGCUGCCAUUGUUUCAUACAUUCAGACUUGUUCAACAGCUUCAUAUAGUAUAUUUGGUAAAAAGGAUCCAACGGCUGAUGAUAAUUCAGGACGGAGGCCUUUUAUGAAUAUUCGAACCUGCGUUAAUUCUAG